AUGACCGAAAUAACUCCUGCACCCAAAGAAGAGCCCACUCCAAUUGAGCUCGAAAAGAAAUCUGAUGCAAAGGUAGAGACGAAGUCUGAGGAGGUAACUCCAGCUCGGUCUGAAGGUGAAAGUAAAUCUUAUUUCGUUGUUGGAACUGAUCAUAUUGAUUUGGAAAACCUUCGUCUUUAUCACAAGAAAAACGUAAAAAAGAGUCUUGCACCGACGACAACAAAAGUUCCUGGCAUGGUAAAUGCAACUUCUACUACUACUACACCUGCAAUUACUGAAAACCCUCCAGCUACCUCAGAAACGGCUCCCGCUGAACCCGAGGUCGUUGAAAAAGUUAUUCCCAAACCCGAAGAACCCGCUGUGGAAACCAUUGAACCUACCAAAGCUGAAGAGCCUGUCGUAGAAGCCACUGAGCCUCCAAAGGCUGAAGAAUCGGUUGUGGAAACUGCUGAAGCUCCUAAUACAGAAGAAGUUCCUGUUGUUGAAACUACUGACCUUCCCGUUGUUGAAACUACUGAACUUCCCAAACCUGAAGAAAAGGUCGAAGCUGUUUCAACUGAUGCUGAAAAGGUUAAUGAAACAAAAGAACCUGAAGACAAAAAACCAGAAACCAAGGAGCAAACUGUCGUGGAAGAGGAAGCCAAACAAGCUGAAACCAAUGUAUCAUCAAACUUUUACUAUAAGAACAUUGCCCAUGCUACAAAAACUGGUAAUGGGUUAUUAUUCUACUAUAAAUCAGAUAGUGAUGCCCGUAAUAAGAAACCACUUGGUAUAAUUAACUUGAAACAAGUCGAUGGUGUCGAUAAGGUUAAAAAUCUUGAAGGCGCCGGAAGACAAUUUGCCUUCACAAUUGAAACAAAUUAUCGUCUUUUCGAACUUUCUGCUGAAUCAGAAGCUGAACGAAAUCGUUGGAUAAGAACAAUCAAGGAAAAAAUUGAAGAAGUGGACAAAAUCGAUGUUGAAAGUUCUGAUGAAUAUAAAGCUACUUACGAUAAGCUUGGAACCGCAUUUGUUCCUCAAAAGUUUGACAAUAUUACGUCGGAUACCGAAAUGUUUUCCGGUGAUGAAGAUAUUGAAACUCCAAAACGUGAUAUCAAUAAUGUUGAUGUCAAUAAACGUAGAUCUGUUUUUAGCAACUUGUUCUUUGGUAAAAAGCCUUCGACAACCGAUACUUCUACCUUAGUAACCACAUCUGAAACUAUUAAUGAAGAUGGUACUAAGGAAGUUAUCAAUGAAACUACCGAGAUUAUAACUUCUGAAGAAGUUUUAAAAACCGAAGAGAUUAAAACCGAAGAAGUUCCUCCUAAAUCUCCUCAUAAACCUAGUAGAUUUCCUUUCAAUAUUUCCUUUAGUAAGAAAGUUGAAAAAGGUCCUGAUACUAAAGAAGAAACGACAGAAAUUAAAGAGGAAGUCGUCGUUAAAGAAAAAGCUACCGAGGAAGCUUCCAAGGAAGCUACCAAUGCUGAAACCAGUGCUGAAACCAGUGCUGCUGCUAUAACUGCGAACGGUGAAGAAAUUCCUGAAGAAAAUAAAGAAGAGAAAAAGAAAGGGUGGAUUGAAAAUUUCAACCCUUUCAAGAAAGCUGCCGGAAAAGAGGCUCAAAAAGAGGAGAUUACAGAAAACGAAGAAACGAAUACUGAACAAACCAAAACUGAUACUGCUGAUACUCCUACUGAAGAGGAAACUCGACAAAAAGAACACAAGGACGGUAUCUUUAAGAAUUUAUUCAAAGGAAAAGCAAAGGACGAAACUCAUCAUGAAACCAAAGCUGAAACUACUGAAGUUGUCAAUGAAGCUUCUGUUGAGGAUGCUACCAUUGAAGCAAAAGGCGAAGGAAAAACAGUAACAGAAGAGAAAUCCGUAGAACCUUCCACAGAAAAACAAGAGGAUCAUACAAGAACCAUACUAGGUGUUAAAUUACCAUUUGGUGCUAAAAGUAAACAUACUUCUGACGAAAAACCCGAAAAAUCUGAAGAUAAAGUUGAAAGUAAAUCUGAUGAAAUCGUAGAACCAAAAGAACCAGCGAAUACGGAAGCUAAGGAGGAUGACAAAAAAGAUGACAAAAAGGAAAAGAAGGAAAAAUCAAAGAAAGAAAAGAAGAAAAAAGAUAAUGAACACGAGAAAGAAAAGAAAGAAGGUGACGAUUCAUCGUCGGCAGAAUCGUCGGACGGUUCUUCCGGUGGAGUUGUUCGCAGAGUCACCAAAAUCUGGAGAAGAAAUAAAUCACACAAGACUGAUUCAUCUCAUCGGGAAGUCACGAUUGAAGCAUCAGAGGAAAGCGAAGAAAAAAAGGAAGUCGAAACUUCCGACGCAAAAUCCACCGAAAAGGUCGAAAAGGCUCCAGUACAAACUUCCGAACAAACAAUACCAGAAAGCUCUAACGAAUCUACAGAAGAAAAGGUUAAAAAGGAUGAAGAGAAAAAGAAAGAAAAGUCUUCGAUAUUCGAAAAUUUUAGGAGAAUAAGUAGUGGUAUCGGUAAACGACAAAAUUCUUUACCACAAGAUUCUACGCAUGAAAAGGUUGAAUCAACAAAUGCAGCUGCUGUUGCAUCAGCUUCGGAAGCAACUGAUGUCGAAAAUGCUGAUAAAACAGCAAAAAUUGUAGAGGAAGAAUUAGAUCAACAACUCACGUUUAUUGACGGACCAAAAAAAGGAAACCUUUAUAAACAAACUCAAUUUCUCAAAAAUCUCGAAAUCCGCUACUUUGUACUCUCUAAAGAUAAACAAUUAAUCUACUAUCGAUCUGAUAAAGAUCCAUCAGGUUCAAAAACGAUUGAACUCUCUGAUAGUAAAGUUGGAGUAAAGGUACUUGAAGGAAAACCUCAUUACUUGUUUGACCUCGAGACGAAAACAAGAACAUUCAGGUUAGGUGCUGAAACUGAAGAAGAACGUGAUUCAUGGAUCCAAGCGCUCAAAGAGGCCGGUGUUGCCCUUGUACCUGCACCUGCUGAAAAGGAACCAACAUCCAGUAAAAAAACCGAAGAAGUUUCCACAAGACUCGAAGUUACCAAGAGUGAAACUAAUCUUCAAGAAGAAAUUGAUGCCGUUGCUGCGUCAGUAGCUGAAACCCAAGAGCCAACGACGACAUCCGAUAUUGUUGUAGAAACUAAAGAAGAGAAAGAAACUACUGCAUAG